AUGAAGCAGGUCAACAUCGUCGCCGCCAACAUGGUAACGGUCGCCCUCGAGAGCUUGCUUUACGGAGUCUUCCUCAUCCUCUCUGGGACUUACUUCUACCUCCAUCAUCAGCGUGUAACCAACGUUGCGCUCGCGGGGCCCUCUCGAUCCCAGGCAUACUUCAGUCUUGCUUUCCUUGGUGCACUCGGCGUGUCCAUGACCGUCUCUGCGCAUUGGAUCCUCACCGUCACUCGUUUCUUUGAUGCUUUUAUAAACUUCGAGGGCGGAGCCGCUCCGACGCUGUUCUACUCAGAUCUCGCGCAAACAACGGAGGUCAUUAAGACUGCAUUCCUCAUCGCAACGAUCGUCAUGUCUGAUUUGAUGUUCGUAUACCGUCUGUGGGUGGUCUGGGGCUACAAUUAUUACAUUAUCGUGCUCCCAUCUUUAACGGUGCUGGGACUAUGCGUGUCUGGAACUGGCAUCGUAUAUGAGCUAUCUCAGCUCUCUAUUGGUAAUACAGUAUUUGUGAGCCAAGCGGCUCGCUGGAUCACUGCGGAUUAUUCUUUUACUUUCGCCACAAACAUUUACAGCUCUACGUUAAUUGCGUGGCGAGUCUGGAGGGCUAGCCAAGCGUCCGGACCGUACGGUGGCGGUAACUUGAGACGACUUCUCGUUACAGUCGUUGAGAGUGCCGGCCUUUACACGAUUUAUGUCGUUUUCUUUUUCGCCUUUUACGAAGCCACUUCAAACUUACAGUACACCUUCGUCGACACUCUAUGUCAAAUUGGAGGCAUUGCAUUUAUGAUGAUCAACGUCCGCGUCGCGCUUGGUUGGGCACAGAAGGCAGGCGCGACAACGUCCGUCUCUGCACAUAGCACUGCGUUCUCCCGUAGAAACGGCGAGAACUCAUACAUCAUGCGCCCUGUUGCGGUCGACAUCACGCGCAUAGUGCACAAAGAGGAUGACAUGGGGCAACCUGUCAAACGUCUCUCGAGCGAGCUCAGCAUGCCCGUCUGA